AUGCAGCCGCGCCGGGAGCACCCUUAUCCUAUCGGUCCCGGCCCGGGAGCUCCAGCUUAUCCUCCUCCUCAAAUCAACUCUCUGAACGACCACCAGAGCGCAGUCAGCCAGGCCUCGUCGUCCACCAUGAACAGCCAGCCCAUGUACGGCGGCAUUCCGCCCUCCCAAACCCAGCCCGGCGCCUACGCCCCCGCGGACCCGGGCGCCCUCCAGCCCUCGUGCGGCACCCGCGAGGGCAAGACCUUCGAGCUGGUCGUCGAGCAGCAGCCCGUCAGAGCCCGCAUGUGCGGCUUCGGUGACAAGGACCGUCGCCCCAUCACGCCGCCGCCGUGCAUCCGCUUGAUCGUGCGGGACUCGACCACCGGCAAAGAAAUCCCCUUUGAGGAGGUCGACUCCACUUUCUUCGUCCUGACGGUGGACCUGUGGUCAUCUGAUGCCCGCCAGGAGGUGAACCUCGUCCGCGCAUCCUCUGGCGCCCCAACUGUGUCUAUCUCGACGAGCACGCUUACUUCGUACCCUCCCCACAUCGAGCGCGGCUGGCAGGAUCCCGGCCCGUACGCCAUGCCCAUGGGUCCGAGGGCCGGCGCUUACUCGACCGGCCCUCCGGGAUAUGCCAUGAGCCCUGCGCCGCACAUGCCUCCCCAGAUGCAGGGCGGUUACCACCAGGGCUAUCCCGGCGCAUCGCCAAUCACCCCUCCGAUGGGCCAGUACCCGCCCCAAUACGGCGGGCCUCCUCAACAUCAAGGCUACCCUGUAGCAGCCCAAGCAAUGCCAGUCAUGCCACCCGCUGCCCCGGCAACGUCGUCUGCAACCGGAAUGUUCACGCGCAACCUCAUUGGCAGCUUGAGCGUGAACGCAUUCCGCUUGAACGAUACCAAUGGCAAGACGGGCUUUUGGUUCGUCCUCCAGGACUUGUCCGUCCGCACCGAAGGAGUGUUCCGCUUGAAAAUGAACUUUGUCGACGUUGGCAAGAACAUUGGCGGCGGCAACAACCUCAACACCGGAAAGGCGCCCGUCCUCGCCUCGUGCUUCAGCGACGCUUUCCAGGUGUACAGCGCGAAGAAAUUCCCCGGAGUCAUCGAGAGCACUCCGCUCAGCAAGUGCUUUGCCGCACAAGGCAUCAAAAUCCCCAUUCGUAAGGACGGCCCCAAGCCUGCUAAUGCUGCAGAAUAUGAAAAUGACGAUCAAUGA